AUGAAGCUUCGCGGACGCGAGAAGAGCGCGAACGAGAAGACGAAGGAAGAACCAGUGACACCGGUGAUCGCGGAGCCCGCUCGAGGACAGAGCGAGGAGGCGGUCGUGCCGUCAGAUGAUUUUCUUUGCCUGUUCGACGAGAGCACCAGGGAAGCGGCGACGCUUGCGAACCAGACGACGCAUUGGGAGGAGGUCUUCGCGCAGCACGGAGGAGACGUCGUGGGAGAGCACUUUCCACAUUUCGAAGAUCUGAAGUACAAGCCUCUGAGCGGACGAACGUUGGCUUCGACGUCCACAGGACGAGUGUCCAAGCGGAGGAGCGGGACGCGAAAACCGAAGGCGCAACUGAACCGUUUGCAACUUCCGCAGAACCAAUUGCAGCUGCAGCCCCCUCUUCCGCCGCCCGUACCCGUGCCGAUGUACCGAUCAUCGACCGGAAAACCUCGUAGUUCGAAAUACAACGGUGUCUGUCGACACGCCAAGUCUGGACGAUAUGAAGCGCACGUGUGGUUGCGAGAGUCUCGUCGACAAGUGUACCUUGGCGGGUAUCUCGAGGAAGAGUUUGCUGCUGAGGCUUUUGACAUCAUCGUUUUGAAGCUCGCACGUAUCGGAUCGAGAAGUAGAACCGGGUCUAGACCGCUGAAAAUGAACUUUCCUGAGGGGCGGUAUGCGAAUUUGCUUCAACUGAUCGAUUCUUUGACGCUCGAUGAGCUCAUCAUGGAGGUGAGACGGCACAGCGAAGGUUUUGCUCGGGGCUCAAGCGGCUAUCGAGGUGUGACUCGACACGCCAACUCAAAAUUCGAGGCUCGACUCGGCGUUCCACGAAGCAAUCACAUGUACCUCGGUCUAUACGACUCCGCAGAGAAAGCCGCCGUCGCGUACGACCAAGCUUUGGUUCAGGUGCGCGGAAGGCGUGCGUCGACGAAUUUUCCGCUGUAUAACUACGACGAGCACAUACGCCAAUACGAGAUGACCAAGGCGCGACAGAACGUCUCCCAGGGGAAGCAGCACGUAACUUUCCAACAAUUGGACGACUACUGA